CCCGUGUGGAAGCUGCCGCCGCCUGAAGUCGCGCUUCUUGCGGCUUCUGGCCGGGCCGGCGCCGCGGCAGAGAUCUCGAAAGAAGCCACUUCCUAGCUAGUCACAUAAUGGCCUUUGAACACAUACCACGAAAAGACUGGUAUAGAAUUCUGGGUGCAGAACCAUCAGAGAACCUGACUGAACUGAAACAGAAAUAUCAGAAGCUGGUAUUAUUAUAUCAUCCAGACAAACAGAGCGCAGAUGUGCCAGCAGGAGAAGUGGAGGAGCGUGUGCAGAGGUUCAUCGAAAUUGAUCAAGCGUGGAAAAUUCUAGGGAACGAAGAGACAAAAAAAGAGUAUGACCUACAGCGCCAUGAAGAUGAUCUAAUGCAAACAUGGCCAGUGGAUGCUCAAAUUUAUCUUGAAGACAUGUCCUGGAAUAAGGAUGAAGAAUGUUAUACACGCUUAUGCCGAUGUGGUGGGAAGUAUACUGUCUCCAGAAAUGAAGCUGAAGAGGUUUCCUUGGUUUGCUGUGACACAUGUUCAUUAAUUAUAGAGAUCCUUCGAUGAAAUAAGAGUUGUCCCACUUGCAUGUGUUGGUUUCAUCCAGCUGAAUAGUCAGUGGACAGAAUCGGUUAGUAAAUGUUUCAGGGGAAAGGUGUGCAUUGCAAGUGCUAGCACACUGUCAGGGCUGAAAAGGAGGGCUUAAAUCUAUUUUCAAGUUUUAACCAGAAGACCUUAAACAAAAGAGCUGUAAGUGCUUCAGUUAAUCAAAUUAGACACAUUUCUGUACUUAAUAGAAUUUGAACUGUCCUGUGAAAAUGGUGCUUGUUCUGCUUGUUUUCACUGAUUUGA